AUGGGCGUUGCCGCGGGCUGGGAUGCGUUCGCCUUUGGGACGGUGGGUUCAUCCAACGUCGACGCGUUAGCGAAGACGAAAGCGGGGGUAAACGCGAACAUCUGGAUCCACCGAGGAUGCGCGAUGUGCAAGAGUGGUUCUGUUCAGGAAAAGUUACAUUCGGCCGUACUUGAGGUCGUAUCGCGCGUAACAAGGCUCGUGAAUGCAGCUGUGUUUCCUGUGCUCAUUUUUGACGGUGCGAGGACAGAGAGCAAACGGGAGACCCACGCGAUGCAGGCAGGCGUGAAAGGUGAAAACUUCGAGCGGUGUGACGUACCCCACAUCCUGAACGAAGUUCGCAGCCGUGGUUUUGCAUACGUUGUUGCCCCCCACGAAGCGGAUCAUCAGUUGAAAUUUUUGGAGGCUUUUUGGAGCUUGUUCAAUGUGUUUCCAAUCUCUCCACGCGUUGAUAUUGCCGCACGCGCGGAUCUACGUCGCUUCCCAUCCACUGACACGAGCUCGGAGCGUGCACGAGUAUGCUUCCGGAGAUGCCAAGAGCUUAAUUUUUGCCUGUUUUCUGCUUCGGACCUGUCUAGUAUUGUUACGAUGAGUACAACGAUGAAUACAACGAUGAGUAUCGCGACAAGCUGUGUAUCACAUCGUGAUACCGCCAACCCAGUCGAGCGCCGCUCGAGCUCCAUCGAAUGGAUUUUGUAA